AAUGAUUUCCAUUGAAUUUAUGUAUUCAGUAUUCACCAGAAUCACAAUAUGAUAACAUAAGGCUCUGCACGAUAACAAGUCUCCUAUAAAUACAGAAGAGUUCCAUCAAUAAUUUAUGAGAUUCAAUCAAACAGUUCGUUGAGAAACAUCAGAGUUAAAGAUGAGUUCCGCAUUGAAAUUAAGCUGCCUUCUGGUCGUUCUUGGCUGUCUCCUGGGAACAGGAUAUUCCCAGAGUGAUGCAGAGUUCGCGGCUAAGGCUCGUCAGAUGAUGGCAGUUUUUGGCAAUCCCUCAGUCGAUAGAAACACUCAGGCCCGAUAUGUGCCUGCAUUUGUAGAUUUCUAUGAGAAAUACUCCAAUCGGCUUCCACUGACAACUCAGGAACGACAAAAGGCCGAUAAUUUUGUGAGGAGCUAUAGGGCUCGAUCAUCCCCGAAGGUCGAUGGUGUUUCGGCCCAAGGAGGAUUUCCCUGGUUGGAAAUUUUGGCUCCCAUUGUUGGUCAAGUGGUAAAGGUAAUCACCAAGGUCAUUGCGCCUCAAGCACUUCCUGACUUUGUAAACCCCUUCAUAUAG